UGCUGUUGUUUCACCUUCAUCUCUUCACCAUCAUCCAUCAUUCGUUGGUCCCACUGCUGCCGGCUGUUGGUUGCCUACGUAAUCUACCGAGGUACCUAUUCGACUGGUCAUCCCUCCAUUGCCUUGCCUUGUUCGUUAUCACCGAACAAAGCUGCGACUCAGCCUCCAACAAGCGCCCGCCCGCCCGGCACGCGCGGAUCGGGUUUCAACACAACCGCAGCCUACCUACCUACCUCGUCCCUCUUUUUCUUCUUGUAUAACUAUUUGUCGGUCCUUGGUGACACCCAAACACUGUCGUUCCGGCUUGCUGCCUUUCAACACCGUGGCACAUCAUCAUUAUCCGAAUCUCGACGUCGACUACCGAUCCCUGGACUUGUCUCGAUUAACCACACGGUCACCACCUAUCAUGGGUGACCUCCGUCAGAAUGCAUCGUAUCCGGACAUUGCAUCCGGCGAUGCCUCCACGAACCCCAACCCAGACCAAGCUGGACUGCUCGUACAACCAAAUGAUGAUUCGCCAAAAACGAUCCAGAAUGCGCAUCCAUCGGGCAAGGAGAAGCAUAACCGCUUAAUACAGAUUCUUAGGGGUGUUUCGCUGGCCAUCUUCUUCACAGCAUGUUCUGUUGGAAUCGUCGCGACCCAGUUCCUCGGCGCACCACUGUAUUGGAUCAAUCGCGACCUCUACUACACCUACAUGGCCCUUACGAAAGAGUCCUUUGGCCUAACCAUCACGACUAUGACGCAGUGGUGGGGUCCCACGACCAUUCGCAUCAGCGGCGAUGGCUCCGUCGCCGGCCAGAUCAAAAAGACCCCCGACGGCCGUGUCGAGUUCAACUUUCCCGAGCGCAUGGUCAUGAUCGCCAACCACCAGAUAUACACCGACUGGCUCUACCUCUGGUGGGUAGGCUACGCCAACGCGCCCCGCAUGCACGGCUACCUCUACAUCAUCCUUAAAGAGUCGCUCAAGUACCUCCCCAUUGUGGGCCAAGGCAUGAUGUUCUAUGGGUUCAUCUUCAUGGCGCGCAAGAUGUCGGUCGAUCAGCAGCGACUGGCAUACAGACUGGGAAAGCUAAAGACCAAACAUACGCAUGACGGGAAACAGUAUCUCAACCCCAUGUGGCUCCUGUUGUUCCCCGAGGGAACCAACUGCACGCAAAACGGAAGGGAUAAGUCCAAGAAGUGGGCGGAUAAGAUGGGAAUCAAGGACACGGAGCACGUCCUCCUGCCGCGCAGUACGGGAAUGUACUUUUGUCUAAAGGAGUUGAAGGGCACGGUAGACUAUGUCUAUGACUGCACCGUUGCCUACGAAGGCGUUCCCCGCGGCAUGUACGGCGACCAAUUCUUCACCCUCUCCUCCACCUACUUGCGCGGCCAACCUCCCAAAUCCGUCAACUUUUACUGGCGCCGAUUCGCAGUAGACGACAUCCCGCUCGAAAACCAAGAGGAGUUCGACGUUUGGCUGCGCGAGCGCUGGUACGAAAAGGAUGCGCUGAUGGAACAGUACCUCACCACCGGCCGCUUCCCGCCUAGUCCGGCAACCAAGGAGGGAGGUCACGAGGGCCAUUUGGAGACGGAGGUGCGCGCAAGACAUCCACUCGAGUUUUUGAAGAUCUUCUCCGUGUUGGGCUGGGUGGGUGUUAUGGCGACUACGGCAGUGCGGACGUGGGGGAGGGUGGCGCAGUGGACCUCGUGAGAUCCUUAAGGGUGCUCGUUAAAGCCACUGAUGAUAUGGCGAAUAUGGCAUCAAGCAUUCAUUUUCUCCGAUUACGGAUCAUGAACUGAUGAUACCCCCGCUUUUUGAAUUCCUUUGCAUAACUGUUUGUUUUGAGAAGAGGGAAUCCUGUUUUUGGCUGGCGUUGGAAAUAGUGGGCAUAGGAUAGGAUAGGUGUGUCUGGGAGAUUUGAUGACGGCGCUGGUUUAUUUUGUCUUUUUGGGGGGUUCUGCGCGUGGCUUUUCAUACCCCUUCUGUUUACAUGUUUAAACUCUUCAUUGGUGUCAUCUUUUGCAUGUUACCCGGCCAUACCAGAAUAAACCAUAUACCAAACUGAUCUUGUGGUUUUUUUGCCGGAAGGGACAUUUGCUCUAAUCACACACGGUGCGAUAAUUCAGGGGAUAGACGGAGGACAAGGGAAAAACGCCACAGAAGCCUCAGGU